GUGGUGGGUAAUUAACAAAUUCCUGACCUCUUUCAAGUGAAUAGCUCUUUUAUUGACACCAAGAGUAGAUACUCUUAUCUACUCUUGUUGACACUCAACACAAUGCUGAAGCUACAGGCUCUACUAAGACCCAAUUUUGUGUCCACAUUUCCUCUGAAGUGCUCAUUGUCAAAAAGUGGGGAGAAUGAGAUUGAGCUUACUAAAGGCGUUCUUCGUGGGAUCAUCUCUGAACUAAAAGAAGACAUGCCAAGAGCUCUCAGUGUAUGUAAAUCUCCAGGUGGUGCAUUCUUAGAAGGAGGCCUCUUUUAGAAUGCUCUUGAGGGACGUGUACUGUGCAAGCUCCACACUGACAGUUGGCCUUCAUUCAACACCCUUGUCUGUCAGGUCAUCUACCCCAGAGCUUCAGAGGUUGCUGAUCUGCUCUGCUAUUCUCGUGGCUCUGGAGAUGAUUUGCUUCAACUACUUCUCUCACAAAAUCUGAUUUCAUGGAGAAAGAAACAGCAAAUUUAUUACCUUGAGAGUGAGUUGAGUGAUUACUUGUGUGAGCACUUAGUGGACCCCUCCACUGGUAGGAAAGUGAUGACCAACUUUUUAGAAGGUGUGGCUGCUUACCAUCCUAACAACUAAAAACAGAAAUCCCAUUUGCAGCCCAACGUGACACUGUUAUGCUGAUGGUAAUGAUGUCCUCAAGUAUUGUGGCUACUCCCUUGAUUGGCUCUGGUAUGAUCAGAUAGCGCUAGCAAGGACCACCCUCGGUUGGCUAAUUCUGACGUACAUGCAUUGUACUUUAUUACAUACACUUCCAAGUAACUUCAUCAAGUGGCCGGCACAUGUUUAUAGAAUGCCUACUAUUUAAUUUGAACCCCUAUAAAUAUAAUUAUUUGUUGACAUGUUUCACUUGUAUGUUGUGUGAUUUGUGGUUGGGUACGUGACUUGUGACUACUUACUUAGCUUCCAGCUUCAUCCUCAGGUAUCAUAAUUACCCAAAUUGUUCAUUUCACGCUCGACACAAUGUUGAGGUUACAGGCUCUACUAAUGCCCGUUUAUAGAAGAGCUCUAGUUCAUAGAUCAGUAACCACUUUUCCUCUACCUCUUUUGAAGUGCUCAUUGGCAAGAAGUGAGGAUGAGAUUAAGCUUACUAAAGGCGUUCUUUGUGGGAUCAUCUCUGAACUAAAAGAUGACAUUCCAAGAGCUCUCAGUGCAGUUGGCCUCUUAACGAAUGCCCUUGAGGGACGUGUACUGUGCAAGCUCCACACUGACAGUUGGCCUUCAUUCAACACCCUUGUCUGUCAGGUCAUCUACCCCAGAGCGUCAGAGGUUGCUGAUCUGCUCUGCUAUUCUCGUGGCUCUGGAGAUGAUUUGCUUCAACUACUUCUCUCACAAAAUCUGAUUUCAUGGAGAAAGAAGCAGGAAAUUUAUUACCUUGAGAGUGAGUUGAGUGACUACUUGUGUGAGCACUUAGUAGACCCCUCCACUGGUAGGAAAGUGCUAAGCAACUUUUUGGAAGGUGUGGCUGCUUACCUUCCUAACAACAAAACAGAAAUGCCAUGUCCCGAUGGGUUUGUACUCGGAAGUCUCAAGCCUCAUCACACACCUCUUGUUGUCAAACACUGGGAUCGUUUGCGUGGCUGGCCUAAAGAAAUGUCCUAUUAUGAAGGUCUCAUCUCAAACUUUGAGUCGAGAGCCCUCUACAGUGUUGAUGAUCUAGACUCCCCAGUGACCUGGAGUUUACAGCAUGUCUAUGGGAGUAUAGGGGGAUUGUUUUCGAUAGAAGCGUUUCGAGAAAAUAGUCUUGGUAGUUUUGUUGCUAUGGAGAUGAGCAAAGCUGUAGCAGCGCAAGGGCUUACACCGUGGUCAGUUCUGCAAGUAGAAAAUACUACGAUGAGAAAGAUGAGUGCUAAACUUGGAGGUCUUGAGUCAAAGUACACUCUAAAGCGAUCGGCUUUAGGACUAUAGUUACUGUCUCAAUGUAAUUGUGGUGUAUGUUGAAGGCAACUUGUUCAUAUUUUGUACAGUAUAUAUAAGCAUCUGUUGUCUUUGUCUCUAUACUGGUUGGUGCGUUGCUGUGCUCGCAUUAA